GGUAUCCGGGUAAGAUGGCGGCGGUAGAGCAGUGCUCGCUGUCUGUUCAAUGGCGUCCGGUUUCCCUCACUCAUGUAGAAUAUCCUGAAGGCGAUGUUUACGGACACCUGUUAGCCUACCUCAGUCUGGGACCCGUCUUCAUUCUCAUCAGUUUUGUGACGUUAAUCGUUUUCAAAAGGGAACUUCACACGAUUUCUUUUCUAGGCGGUUUACUCAUGAACGAAGGUGUUAACUGGUUAAUAAAGAACAUAUUCCGGGAGCCCCGUCCUUGUGAAGGAACCCACACGACAGUCACAACAGAAUAUGGCUUGCCGUCCAGUCAUUCCCAGUUUAUGUGGUUUUUCUCUGUUUAUUCAUUCCUCUUCCUCUAUUUAAGGAUGCACCAGACAAACAAUGCUCGUUUUCUGGAUCUGCUGUGGCGACACGUGCUGUCCCUCUGUCUGCUGACGGCAGCCUUCCUAGUGUCAUAUAGUAGGGUGUACCUGAUGUACCACAGCUGGAAGCAGGUAGUGUACGGAGGGGUGGCCGGCAGUAUACUGGCAAUUAUAUGGUUUGCCAUUACGCAGGAGAUCCUAACGCCGAUCUUUCCUAGGAUCGCAGCCUGGCCGAUUUCUGAAUUCUUUCUCAUCCGUGAUGCCAGCCUAAUACCCAAUAUCUUGUGGUUUGAAUACACAGUCACCCGGGCACAGGCUAGAUCCAGACAACGUAAACUCGGUACCAAGCUUCAGUGAGUCAAGAACAAACAAUGUGGCAGGGCGGGGUUUAACUAAUAUGAUCCAACAAUAUCAUGGCAGCUGAAAGGAACUGAAGCCGGUACAGCACAUGGCGUAGCGAGGAUGGUUUAAACUGACAAAGGGGACAGUCGGCUCUUGAUGGGAUUACCAGGUCUAACCUGGGGAAUACUCAUAUAUGCACGCUAUCCAGUGAACUAAACUCUGGAGGGACGACAAUUACGGAUAAGCGAGCUGUUAACGUUUCUCCCUCCUGGAGACUAAAAUACAUAUUCCUGCAAGUCCUUUAACUGCAUGCAUUAUCCACUAUUUAUUUUUUUAAUGAAAGCCUGUUUGGUUGGCCUAGAAGAAGCAUUCACUGCCUGGCAGUGGUUGUAAUUCUAUAUAUUCCCUCCGCCACACCCUUAACUACCAACCAUAAAACCUGCAAAUCUUUGUAGCCGCUAUAUAAGCCCAUAAGGGCUGCAGUUCUAUUACUAGAGGUGCCUAUUGUUGAUUGAGUGAGGGCUGAAAGCCAUCCCCCAUUGCACUUUCUACAAGAUUUCAAGAAAGGACUAAAUCCUUUUAACACUAGUGAUUUUUUUUUUUCUUUGUGCGUGUAUGGGAAACUGCGUGAGAGGUGGGAGCUUUUUUCCCCCCUAUUUCUUUGUUACUCAGACGUUACCGCGAGUGAAUUCUGCAGCAGUGAGUGUACUAACCAUAUCCUAUUACCUUCCGGCGUCUUAUCUUAGAUGUAUAUUUCAUUAACCCCUUGGUGCUGUUCUUUGUCAUGUCCCAGUUAUUAAGAACACCACAACAGCAUGAAUUUCUUACUGUGAAAAGACACCUGUAUAUCCUACUUUCUGCUAUAAAAGCUACAUUUGUUACUGAUAUUCUUCUAUGAAGUCAGUGGUAAAAUAAAUCCUCACAUAUAGAGGAGUGCUGUGACAUUCCCUUUAAUGAAGUUUACUUUUUUUCCCCCCUUUUAAUUUUAGGGUCAUAAGUUAAAAAUAAAUACAGAAUAAAACGAGUGCUAACUAGAUAAUUUAACAACUACUCCCUACACUAGCCGUGUCAAAUGACCAAUAGUGCAAGAUUGAAAUAUUGUUGAUUUGGCCACACCUGGGAAAAAAGAAUGCGUCAUUUUGUGGAGGCCCUGGUGAGAGGUAGAUUUGGUGAAGUCUGUAACCGUAUCAAGUUGUCCAUUUAGACUUCAAAAUCUUGACAUAUUCACGUAAUACUUUGUGGCAUUGAACCUGAAACUGGAUUUAAAAUGAAAUCCCCACAGUCUAGCACACCCUUAUAAUCGGAUCAAUUUCUAGGAUAGCUAUGUAGGUAUAUAUUUGUCAAAACAGAUUAUCUGCUGAGAAAGUUUGGUGUCUUAUAUGAAAUCAGCCUGGUGAACAAAGAAAACAAAACUGUCAUUUUUAUGGAAGCAAAUUUGUUUUAAUAAUUGUUUUAAUCAUAUCAACACACGUCUAUGUAGUCUCUAAUGAUACUAUUAACAAAAGUCAGGAUGUCUGUUUGCUCCUUUUUUUUUAGAUUUUUUUUUUCUUCUCAUCAAUAGCUUUACUACCUUGAAUAUGCGAAGGUAUGCGAAGGUGUUUUUUUUUUUACGCAUUGUUAGCCCAGAUAUGAACUAAUUGUGGGAACACAACUGACAUUUUGAUAAAUUGUUGCUUGCAAUUACAGGACAUUUAAAUGCAGAAACUGCACAAGUGUGUUUUGUUUCUCUCAGCGGAUAACUGCAUGGAAAAUCCACAAUUCCUAAAUUCAUAUACCUGCAAAAAAGAGAACUUUCCAGUUUUAAACAUUUUGUUGCAUAAGGCUGCGAGAUGCUCUGACUCUCUAACUCAUGUUGCAUCCUCUGAUAACUUUUGUAAUGUCUUUUUUGUAAUUCAAAUGUGAGUUCAAUCUGAAACUGAUUUUUUCCUUAAAAUAAAACCAAUGCAAAAUAUCA